AUGGUAUUUUUGAUCAACGAGAAGAAAAAAGAUUUAGAGAAAUUGGAUAAAGAAAUUUCCGAAUUGAAGAACCGUAUUCGACCUCUAGUGGAGAGUGGAGAUUAUGUGGGACUCUUGGAUAGAAUGGAAAAGAGAAUAAAAGAUCUGGAAGAGACCAUUAGGGAAACAAAAAGGAAGAAAAUCCUGAGAGAUCAGAUGGACUACAAAACUCAAUCACAGAGGAAUUGGAAAGAAGAGAUCAGACCACAUUAUCAAUCUCCAGGGCAAGAAAGAAACAGACCAGAAUCAAGAUCUCAACAGCACUAUAUGACAUAUAGAGAUGCACUUAUCUCUCACCACCCGCCUAUAAGAACAUAUUCACGCAACUAUCCAUAUAAUGGAUAUGGAUAUACAAGAAGGAAUGAUAAUAGAAAUGACAGAUACCAACAACAUAAUUUACAGAGGAACGCUAUGUAUAGAAGCCACCAGAAUAGAGAAAGGCAUCAAUAUACUCAAACACCACACAACAGGAGAAUACACACUUUGGAAAAACCAAGAGAUCCAAAACAACAACGUCCAACCCCCACUAGGACAAGUCAUACCAACAGAUCUCCAGAACAAAUGAGAAAUCGACUACAAGAUGGUAUAUCUGUAUCAAAGUACGUACUGAGGACCUCCCAUCCAAUGUAUUUUUAG